ACAUUCUUAUGGAUUGGUGAAAACAAAACCCAGUUUUCGCUCUGUUUCACAAUCCAAUCCAUCCAUGGACACCGGUUUCAGCCCCAAACGUUCCUCCGACGCCAUUUCCGACCCCAACCUCUCCGCCGCCCGCUCUGUCCGCCCAAGACAGUUACCGCCGGCGACAUUAGGGUUUAACUCUACCUCCAGAGAUUCUCCUGUUCUUAAACCCUCGUCUCCCUCCGAAACCGUCUUUCGCCUUCUUUGCCCAGCUUCUAAGGCCGCCUCCAUUCUUCGCCAUCUCUGCGAUAUUCCCGGCGCUAGGAUCCAUAUCGAUGAUCCUCUUCCUUCUUGCGACGAGUGCGUCAUUGUCAUCCUCACCGGCUCCCCAUCCAAACCGGCGCUCACUAAUCCAGGAAAUGAUAGGGAAUUCCGUGAGCACGAUAACAGUCGCAACGUCCCUAGUGAUGCGGUUGCUGGAGAUUUGGACGAGCGGUCGCAAGCGCAGCAGGCGCUGCUUCGAACUUUUGAGAGUAUGGUUAGGAUGAACGAGGAUAGUGGAGAAAACCAAGACAUUCAGAAGAAAAAUGCAGAUUCUGCUCCAAGCGAUAGGAUUAGCGGUGGAGAAACUGACGGAUCAGUGGUCUGUAGGCUGCUGGCGCCUAGUCAUCAGGUAGGCCGCGUGCUUGGUAGAGGCGGAAAAAACGUAGAGAAGAUCAGACAGGAGAGUACGGCUCAUGUGAAAAUUUUCCCCAAGGAUCAAAUCCCGGCGUGUGCGUCGCCACGGGACGAGUUAAUUCAAAUAUCAGGAAGGUUUCCGGCGGUGAAGAAGGCCCUUUCUUCUAUUUCCGCCUGUCUUCAGGACACCCCGAGGGUGGACUCGAGCAAUUCCUCCACCACAAAACCAUUAGGGCCUCCGUCCCAAGCAAGUAGUAUGCCGGGACUAGACGAAGAACCUUCUCCUAAGAGGAGAUAUGCUAGCCAUCAUAAUGCAGAUCAUCGCUCAAGGGGUUAUUCUUCCAUACCAGGACACGAAAAUGCUGGAGCUGGUCCAAGGCCGGCUAUGGAAGAGGAGGUAGUGUUUAGAUUAUUGUGUCAACCCGAUAAAGUUGGAAGUCUAAUUGGGAAAGGUGGCACCAUAGUACGAGCGUUGCAAAAUGAAACGGGUGCAUCUAUAAAGAUUGUUGAUACCCCCGACUUGGAUGAACGCGUGGUUAUGAUAUCUGCACGAGAGAGUUUGGAACAAACAUAUUCUCCUGCACAAGAGGCUGUUAUGCGUGUCCAUGGUCGAAUUGCAGAACUUGGGUACGAACCAGGUGCUGCAGUUGUUGCUAGACUACUUGUACAUGCACAACAGAUAGGCUAUUUGGUGGGUAGAGGAGGGCAUAUUAUUAAUGAAAUGAGAAGAGGGACUGGUACUAGCAUUCAGAUAUUUCCCCGGGAGCAAAUUCAAAACAGCGGGCCUGUGAACGACGAAAUAGUACAGGUCAUCGGAAAUUUGCAGUGUGUACAGGAUGCUCUGUUUCAUAUAACAAAUCGCCUUAGAGAUACUUUAUUCCCAAUGAGACCACAUGUGCCGAACUUCAAUGCUCCAUCUUACUUGUCUCCUCACCCGGAAACACCUCCCGUAUUUAGGCCGGGAAAUAAUGCACAUUCCCCUGGAUACUAUCCUUCUCAAGCUGGAGCUCAACGUCUUCCUUUCCAUUCCCACCCACUUGAUCAUCAGCCUGCAUAUUCUCAUGGUAUGAGCUUCAGUGGUAAUAAUAUGGAUGGAGUUCCAUAUCCCCAUGGCAUUGAUAGACCAGGGCCAGGUUCUAUUGAGAGACCUUCCCCUAGAUCGUGGACUUCUCAGGCUAGUAAUGACAUACCCAAGGGACCAACAACUGAUGUUGGUUUUGGCAUGGCUUCAAGGAAUGAGUCCUACAGCAGCGGGGGUCCACCUCAUUUUGUGGGAGGUACAUCUAUGGAGAUGGUGAUUCCACAAACUUUAAUCUGCCAUAUCUAUGGAGAGAACAAUGCCAACAUUGCUCAUGUUCAGCAGAUAUCAGGGGCAAUGGUGGUGGUUCAUGAUGCUAAACCUGGGAUAUUUGAUGGUAAAGUGGUCGUGUCCGGCACACCAGAUCAGAUUCGUGCAGCUCAGAGACUUGUCCACGCCUUCAUCUUGUGCGGGAAGACACAAUCCUGAUGACCCUAAAAGCCUAAAACAGAGCGCAAAAAAUUACUUGAAUUUUGUCUCAAGUUUUAUGGGGGUUAAGCAAAUGGAUGUAAACCAAAACAUACCGUGGGGUUAAGGGUGCUUUCCAAUUUGAGAUAACAGUUUACAUCCAUUUUACCUCAUUCCAAACAUGUUUCUCA